GAUGAUGAUGAUGAUGAUGAUGAUGAUGGCGUUAAAUUGUUUAACGAUAUUCCUUCUGUUAAAUUAGCUUUGGCUCCCUGUUCGGUCGAAUUAGAAAUAUUUAUGGUUUCCUGUCCGAUUGAAUUAAAUUUCGUUUCCUGUCCGAUUGAAUUAAAUUUCGUUUCCUGUUCGGCUAAAUUAGAUUUGGUCUCCUGUUCGGUUGAAUUAGAUUUAAUUUCAUGUUCGGUUGAAUUAGAUUUAGUCUCCUGUUCGGUUGAAUUAGAUUUAGUCCCCUGUUCGGCUAAUUUAGAAUUGGCUUCCUGUUUAUUCGAAUUAGAUUUGGCUUCCUGAUCAGUCAAAUUAGUAUUGGCUUCUUGUUCGAUCGAUUUAGUUUUAACUUCCUGUUCGGUCGAAUUAGGAUUGGCUUCCUGUUCGGUUGAAAUAGGUUUGGCUUCCUGCUCUACGCUUUGAUUCUGCAUUAUUAAAAUUUAAAAUCUUGGAGUAUGAAAUCAAAGAUGGACAAGAAAGA